UGUCCCACACUUGGCUAGCUAAAUGCACUACCAACAGACUUGCAGCAAAUCAUUUCUAAUCUUCUUUUCAGGCAUAUUGCUAGUGCAACAAAUCAUAUAUGUCUUAGAAUUUUUACCUUUACAUCAACUGAGGAACAGCUAAUAUGGUCUGCUGAUACUGGUCAUCAGUAGGAAAGGGUUUGAGUGCUUACAACGUGGGCUUUUCUUGAGUGGUGAUGAAUAGGCUUAGUAUGGAAUGGCUAGCCCACUCUUUUAUGUUUGCUAGCCAGUUCUUAUCAAUCUCCUUUUGACUCUAAGAUAUCCUAAAGGAUAAUCUUAGAAUGUAUAGCUGGGUCAAUUAGCUAGAACAAUUCCAAGGGAUUCCUCGUGUCCUAUGAGGAUGGCCACUGCCUUAUAAAUAAGGCUUAGAUGCAUUUUAAGAACUAUACCAUGCUAUGAAAGACUUUCAUCAGCAAUUGCAUGUUUAUAUACUGAUUGUGAAUUUCUCAUUAGCAUUCCUUGCUUGGCCUUUACCUGAUCAUGGUCAGAAUUUACAUCAACCCACAUCUGCGGUUUUAAAAAGAGUUGCAAAACUUUGUAUUUUUUUUAAUAGCAAAUGAAUAAAAGUGCAGUGUUUUGUUAACUUGCCAGCUUUAAUUUUUGCUUCACCUCUUUACAUUUCCCCAUCUGACUUACACAAACACACACAUGCUCUCUUUCCUCUUUGUUUUUCUUCAAAAUGUUCUCAGAAAGUUCAGACUUUAACCUUUAUAAAAUUAGAUUGUCAGCAAACAAGUAAUGUGUCAAGUGCUCCAACUAAAGAGUGAUUCACACAUUGCAAUGUUUUCAAGACUUGCACUUGCAGUCAUGUACCCUUCUCCUUGUAGGUAGUAAAUGCCACUUGCAUCUGGCUUGCGAAGUGACCUCAUGACAUUUGUGCUACAAAUUAUGGGUGUAAGCGGUAUACAGACAACCGUGACAAAACAUAUUUGUAGUAGCUGCUGCAGCUACUGAAGUUAUUUUACUAGAAGAAGCAGAAAGAAGAACCAUCUCACCCUCUUGAUUGUUUAGGAGUACUAAGCUUCUAGAUCCAACAGCGCUUCAGUGGCUCCAAUGAGACUUUCUUUGAUGUUGGAUUUUUAUAAUGUGCCAUAGUCCUUCAUGCCAGAUUCUAGGCCUUCUUAAAGUCAGCGAAGUUACAGUAGAGGUUCUUGUCAUCCUGAAGAUAUUUUACAUACAUCUUAACCACAAGAAACAUCAAACUGCAGUGAGAGAGGUGUCGCUGAAGGAGAUAUUUCCAGAACAAGAAAGUCUUCAAUGCUCGUUUAAAUGUAGGGCUGGCUGAAUGGUUAAAUGGAGAAUGGCAAUGGGUUUUAUAGUUUGGAUCUAGCAUACUAGAAGAAUCACUUGCCAAACUGUUCGGUAGGAACUUUUAGCAGGAGUAGGACAGUGGGGUCUGUCAAAAAAAAAACCCCAAAACAAAGGUAAGAACAAUGGAGAAUAGACAUUGAGGAUGUUAGUCAUAGUCCAUGCUUAUAGUUGACAGGACUUUAUGUUCCUCUUCGACACAUACAGCGACAUCAAAAGGUUUUUUCUCCUUAUUUCUUCAUGCUAAAGCUAAAAGAGGACCAAUUAAAAAUGGAGGAAGAGGAAGCUGUAUUGAGGGAAGAAAAGGAAACAAGCAGCAUGCCAAAGAUUAAAGAGAUCUCGGAAGAAGAAGCUAUCAAACUUCAACAAGAAAUUGAAAAGCUGAAGGAAGAAGAGAGAGAAAAAGAAAUAGAAGAGGAAGAAGAAGAAAGGGAAGAGGAGGAAAGGCAAAGAGUAGAGGAGGAGAGAAAAAGGGCAGAUGAAAAGAUCAGAGAACUCACAGAUUAUGAAGCAGACAUUCUUCAGCAUGAGAUUGACCAGGCAAAGCAAGAUCAGAUACAAAAGAGGAAGAUUAAAUUAGAGAAGAAAGCACAGGAAAAAGAAGAGGCAAGAAAAAGGAUGGAAGAAACUAAGAUAAGGGAAAUUACAGAUGAAGAGGCUGCAAGACUUCAGAGUGAAAUACUCAAGGUUUGUCUUCAAACAUCCAGCUAACACGAAUAACAUGAACUUGGGGGCAAUGCAGUGGAGGAAAUAUCUUAAAAGGUUUUAUAGUUAAAUUUCUGUCUUUAGCAUAUGGUAAAGAAAAUUGCUUUCUUGCAUACGGAGAUUAAUAAGUAUUCUGAAAUUUCAUUUUUCAAAAUCCAGUUGAAAAUGUGUUCAGAUGUACACUUGUAAACUUGCAGUAAAGAUGACUCUUAUUAAUACACAAUUAAAGUAGACCAUAAAAUGACAUGUUCUGUACAUUUGUUUUCUUGUAUUACAUCUGAGCAAAAAAGAAUAAGUGAACAGAGGUGAAAGCUGCAGUGUCCUGUUAGAUUUUGGCUUAAGGUUCUGGUUUGUUGGUGGGUUUAAGGCCUCAACACACCUUUUUUUUUUGUUUACAUAUUACCUACCCUUUUAUAAUAUUUUUGUUCCUUGUGUUGGCUUUUGUUGUUAAGGAUGUUAUCAUAUUACCUGGGGUUUUUUGUUUCUUAACCUUUUUUAUGUAAUAUUAUUUUCUCUCACUAUGAUAUAUAGCCUUAGUUGCUGGCACAGCAUGAAACACUAACAAGCAGAUUGAGAGCUGCGUUUGUGGCAUCUGUGAAAAUGGGUUGCGAAGCAUAAAAGUUUGAAAAAAAUUCUUUUCACUCAAACAUCUUUUGUAUUUUAUUGUAAAGAAACAGAAUUCAAUUAGAAUAAGUGCAACAAAGGGCAGACAAGAAAUCUGAGAGUGAGCAGAGGAACAACUAAAGAAUGAGUUAUUUAAACGACCUUGGAGAUGACAAGCCAUGUAUGGAAGGAGUGCUGAACUUUUUUGUCAUCAAUACCUGUUCCAUUGAUGUGCUUACUUUAUCUCCUUUGUAUCUGUGUGAUGUUGAAGGACUUAAUAUGAAAUACAUCAUCCAGUAGAGAAAUCUAUUAACAAAAUUUUGACAUUUAUGAUAGCAUGACUAUACAGCACAACUACUGUAUGUCCUGCGGACUGGCAUGCCAGUAAAAUUUAGAAAGGAAAUGUGCACUUUUUUUUCUUCACCUUAUCUAUUUUUUUUCAAUUUUUGUUUAUGUUGACCAGUUUUAAGCAGAUGACAUCUGACACUGGUAAACUGCAGCCAUGUAACAUUUGCUAAAGCAACAAGAUUAAAUGAAAACUGAAUUUUUUUUUAAAGGGUAAUUUUCCUUCUACCAUUUCUGAAGGAAAUGAUCAUUCACAGUAGGUGUAAGUGUAUAUAUAUAUAUGCAAUAACAUUUAUUCCUGGCUGACUGCUGGAGCACUUGUGUCAUGAGCUUGUCACUGAAAGAGAGCAAUUAUUACUGUUGAUUUUUCUUUGUAAUAAUUAAUACCCCUUGACCAUAUAUAUUCCUGUUCUUGAUAACUAACCAUUCUCAAAGUUGGUUGCAAAAUCUGCACAGACUGCAACGACUGGCGUUCUGCUGAAGAUUACUAGUGAUAGCGAAUCUGCAUAUCCAGGUUUGUGAUAGUCCCAGCCCAUGUUUGGCAUCCCACAUAUAUCAACACAUAAAAUGGUUAUGUUUUUAUUUUUCCUUAGUGCAUUCUUAGUGUGAUAAUAGUAAUUUCUUCAAAUUGCCAUAGAGCAUGGAGGACUUUUACUGUUUCGUUCUUCCUCUGUAGUCAUUUGUCCUUAUACCACACUUUCUCAACUCCUCUCGCUUAUUUAUGAACAUUUAUAAAUUAAUAUUAUUUCCAACUGUCCUCUGAUAGAAGACAGGGGAAAAUCCAAGACUGGGAACAUGAGAUGAUGAGCCUACCCCUAACUAUUAGCUUUUUUAUCAUUCACUUUGUUA